UGAUGCAUUAUACAUAUACAUAGAACGAACUCCGAAGGCAGCAAACAUUUCAUUUUCCCUGCUUGUCAAACCCAGUUUCAAGACGAAAAAGAUUGAUUCUUUCUUUCUUUCUUUCUUUCUUUCUUAUAUUGAAGAUUUUCGUCUAUGGGUACUGCUCAAUGGCACCAGGAGAUUGUGGUGAAACCAAUACAAGAAAUGAACAUAUGUCCAAAACCAGGAGGUUUAGAGAGGAAAAUACGGCCUCAAAAGGAACAAGCUUUCAACUGUCCAAGGUGCAACUCAACCAACACCAAAUUCUGCUAUUACAACAACUACAGUCUCACUCAACCUAGGUACUUUUGCAAGACUUGUAGAAGGUACUGGACUGAAGGUGGUUCCCUCAGAAACAUUCCCGUUGGUGGUGGUUCAAGAAAGAACAAAAGAUCUUCUUCUUCUCCUUUAUCAUUAUGCGAAAAGCUUCCUGCUCUGCUAGCACCACCAAGUUUGUCUCAGUGCUCUACUCAAAACCCUAAGAUCCAUGAUGGGCAAUAUCUCAACCUAGCUUUCGCAGCAGCAGCAGCUAGUCAAGGUUAUAGGAGUAACUCUGAAUUGGUUCCAAAUAGCUUAGAAAACAAUAAUAAGAACCAGAUUCCUACUUCUUCUUCUUCUUCCUCCCCUACUACAUCUACAUCGCAACUCUCGGCUUUGGAGUUGCUAACUGGAGUCUCUUCCAGGGGAUUGAAUUCUUUCAUUCCCAUGCCGGUUCCAGAUCCGAAUUCAGUUUAUGCAUCUGGUUUUCCCAUGCAAGACUUUAAACCUACGCUAAAUUUCUCCCUGGAUGGGCUUGAAAGUGGCUAUGGGGGUCUCUACGGGGUUGAAGAGACAACCGGAAGGCUUUUGUUUCCAUUCGAAGAUCUAAAGCAAGUCUCGAGCACUACUGAUAUCGAGCAACAUAAAGAGCAAGGUGAUUCAGCUGGUUAUUGGGCUGGAAUGUUAAGUGGAGGAUCAUGGUUGGCUUCACUAAAGGUGACACAAGGGCAUACUAUGUUAAGGUAGAAGAAGAUAUCUAUGAAGCUAAGCCAAGUUGUUUUUAAGGUAAAAGUGUAGGAGAGAAGAGGCAUUCAUCCUCUUAGCCAUUUUUAUCCUGUAUCAAAACCCAGCAGAAGGGCAACCCCUAUUGCAAGUACAAAUAACAAUAAAUAAUUUUAUAAUUUUCAAGUUUGUAAGGGAUUCGUGGUUGGAAAAGAAGAAAAAGACUAUGAUUUGUUCAUAAAGUCUUCAGUUUCGAUUUUAGUAAACUAAUAGUUGCUUGGUGUUAAUAAUGUUGCUGCAAUGGGAUUUUAAAUUCUCUCUCC